UUCGUUUUCUGCGUGAGCAUCCUCCGGCGGCCACGCGCACUGCUCGGCAACCUGACGAGACCACCGCCGUUCGCCGGCUGCACCGCAAGAAGCUCGAACCCUUUGUUGCUGUAGCAAGUAGGCGGGCCGUGUUAUGUCAAACUCCUCUCCGUCCUCCGCGUCGGCCAUUGUCGCCAAGGCUGUGUCCGGGUGGCACGACCUCAAGAUCGAGGGGUACUCCCUAACGAAUGGGAUCGGUAUCGGCGAGUUCAUUAGAUCGGAGACUUUUGUCAUCGCAGCCCAUCGCUGGUGUAUCAGAUACUACCCCGACGGCGCGGCUUUGAACGACGCCGACUGGAUUGCCAUCUACUCCGAUGGCGAGUAUGUGCAACGUGACGACAACACCGAUGGCAAGGACAUCAUGGUGAAAGUCUGCAUCAGUGUACUUGACGAUGGAGGACAGGUGUCUGUUCUCGGCAAGAGAAGCAACCAGUUUGAUAGAUGCGGUCCGCAAGAUCCGGCGCAUAGGUACAUCGUCGCUGCUCGGUCCCCGGUCUUCAUGGCGGAGCUCUUGGGUCCUAUGAAAGGGAAGGCGGCGGCCUGCAUACGGAUCGAUGGCAUGGAAGCUAAAGUCUUCAAGGCGAUGCUUCACUUCAUCUACGCCGACUUGUUGCCUGAGAUCGAUGAGGACGAAAUUGUGGGGAUGGCACAGCAUUUACUUGUCGCCGCGGAUAGGUAUAACCUCGAGAGGCUAAAGUUGAUGUGCGAAGAGACGUUGUGCAAGUCCAUCAACAAAGACACCGCGGCGACUACAUUGGCGUUGGCUGAACAACAUGGUUGUGAUGGUCUCAAGAAGGCAUGCUUCAAGUUCCUCGCUUCUGUUGACAACCUCAAGGCAGCCAUGGCAAGUGAUGGCUUUGCACAUCUGAAGAGCAGCUGCCCCUCCAUCCUAGAAGUGCUGGUCACCAAUCUUUCUCGCUGACUUCUUCAACUACCAAGCAACAAAACCUGAAGAUUUCUGAAAAUUAUUAUGCAUUGUCAUGCUACUACAAUUACUCCGUUACGUGUAAAACCAAAGUGUCAGUUGCAUUGGUGCAUAUAUUAAGUUCUUUUAAGAUAAGAUGAGUGAAUUGAUGUGAAUUAUCCUUUAUAGCC